UUUCUCAAUCAGAUGACCAGAUACUCUUUUAUUGAUUAGCCGGUUAGUAAUGACCCAUAAAUAAUGAAGAUAAUGAAUUUUGUAAAUGUUAUGUUGGCUAUUGUCCUUGAGGUUGUCAAACUUUUCAAAUGCCAAACAUAUGUCAGCGGUUGUCACUCGCUUCUCUAAAAAAUUCUUCUUUAGCAACGUUUUCCAUAUUGCUUCAAAUAUUGUUUGAACUGGUAAUUUGAGCAGGAAAUGACGAUGACUGACAAAGACUCCGAUGAUGGUAGACCACACUUCGUGACGCCGGUAAUUCAAGAUAAUCCGAAUGGAUGGGGCCCAUGCGAGGUGCCGGAACAGUUCAAAGACAUGCCCUACCAACCUUUCAGUAAAGGGGAUCGUUUAGGGAAAAUCAGCGACUGGACCGGUGUCGCUUUCCAAGACAAGAAAUAUGCUAGCAAGUAUGUGUCCCAGUUUGGUUCAGGCAGCCAAUAUGCAUACUAUCAUGAUGAGGAUGAGAGCACGUUCCAUCUGGUGGACAGCACCAGGGUGCCAAAGCCACCCUACCAAAGGGGCCGUUUCCGUGCUGGCCAGCGCAAUGCUAGAGGCAGGGGUGGCCAAAGAGGUGGUGGAGGGCAGUCUGGCAUUGCUGGUGGUGGCAUGCAGACACUUGGCAAAGGGCUCAAGGUUAGGGAUGCUUACAAGAGGAGCCAGACCAAGAGAUGGGGACAGGGAAGGGUAAGAUUUUUGUUACAGCCUCAAAUUAAGAUACGUGAUGCAUCUGUAACUGUUCGCCCUGAUUGGGUUACUAUUGAAGAAAUGGACUUCCCUAGAUUGAGCAAACUGUCUCUACCAGGCAUCAAAGAAGGUGAUGAUAUCAUGGGCUGCGGUGAGCUGGAGUACUACGACAAGACAUACGAUCGAGUCAAUGUCAAAAAUGAGAAACCAUUGCAAAGUGUCAACAGAAUCUUCCAUACUGUCACCACUACUGAUGAUCCAAUCAUUCGUAAAUUAUCAAAAACUGAAGGCACUGUUUACGUCACUGAUACCAUUUUGGCAACUUUGAUGUGCUGUACUAGGUCCAACUACUCUUGGGAUAUUGUCAUUGAGAAGAUUGGUGAUAAGUUGUUCUUUGACAAAAGAGACAACACUGAGUUUGAUCUAUUGACAGUGAACGAAACGGCCGUUGAGCCACCUCAAGAUGAUGGAAACUCAUUGAAUUCGCCGAGGAAUUUAGCGCUGGAAGCUACAUUCAUCAAUCAUAACUUCAGCCAACAAGUACUGAGAAGCGGUCCUAAUGAGCCACGUUACAAGUUUGAACAUCCAAAUCCAUUUGUUUCUGAUGAGGAAGAGGGAGAAGUCGCCAGCGUAGCUUACCGCUAUAGAAAGUGGGACUUGGGCGGCGGAAUUGUACUGGUAGCUCGUUGCGAGCACGACGCAGUGGUCCAAUCCCCCAACGGCGAGCUUCAAUUCCUGACUAUCAAAGCCCUGAACGAAUGGGACUCAAAACUGGCCAACGGAGUGGAGUGGCGCCAGAAACUGGACACCCAACGAGGUGCCGUCUUGGCGAACGAGUUAAGGAACAAUGCGUGCAAGCUGGCCAAAUGGACCGUGCAGGCUCUGUUGGCGGGCAGUGACCAGAUCAAGUUCGGUUAUGUGUCCAGAGCUCAUGUGAGGGAUAAUAGCAAACACGUCAUUCUGGGUACGCAGCAGUACAAGCCGCACGAGUUUGCUACUCAGAUCAAUUUGAACAUGGAUAAUGCGUGGGGUAUUUUGAGGUGCAUUGUAGACAUCGUCAUGAAACAGAAAGACGGAAAGUACUUGAUCAUGAAGGAUCCCAACAAGCCAAUGAUUCGAUUGUAUGACAUUCCCGAUAAUACGUUCGAGUCUGACGGUGAAACGGAUUCUGACGAUGAAGCCCCAGAAAAUGCGUCGGCUUUUUCAUUGUAUCCUUACAACACUAGCACUAAGCAUUAAUUUUUUGUAUAGAUAUACUUGAUGGAUUCGUAUAUGGCAUCAAUCAAUAUAUCUUUGAAAUCAACUAAUA